GAAAGUUUCCAGUUAAUCUCUACAUUAAUUGAAAAUCAAACGCGAGAGAGGAAAGCUUCGAAAUGAAGUGUUUCAAAUCUUGCGUUUCAACAUCGACCGACGAAUCGCGAUUCCUCAAAUCAAAUGCGUUGGACCCUUUCGAAGAUGUGGAGCCGUCGUCAAAGGCAUGCUGCGAUAAAAAUGGGCGUGAGGUACCUCGCGUCUUAGCGGAAGAUCUGCUCAAUCACAACGGGAAUCAUACGCCUUACAGUUUGUACAAGAUUUAUGCCAGGAACUGCGAGGAGGAGGUGAUCGAACCCCUCGUCGGCGUGCUCACCGGCAGCAUCCCCAAGUGGCUGAAGGGCACUCUUCUGAGAAACGGUCUGGGAAAUUUCAAAGUGGGCGAGUACAGCUAUCAGCAUGUCUUCGACAGCGCUGCUUUGGUGCACAGAUUUCGGAUUGAGAACGGCCAGGUGACUUAUCAACGACGGUUCGUGCAGACUGACACGUACAAGAAGAACAGGGUCGCCCAGAGAAUCGUCGUCACCGAGUUCGGCACCAAAGCGAUGCCGGAUCCUUGUCAAAGCAUCUUCCACAGGGUUUCCUCGGUUUUCCAUCGCAAUGAGGAGAAGACGGACAACACCAACGUCUCGGUGUAUCCGUUCGGUGACGAAUAUUACACGCUUACGGAAGUACCGAUGAUGCACAGAAUCGACCCGAACACUCUGCAAACAAUGGACAAAGUAAACUUGACCAAUUAUGUUAAUAUCGUGCAUCACACCGCGCAUCCUCAUGUAGUAAGCGACGGUACGGUUUAUAACAUAGGAAUGAGCAUAGAAAAUCAAGGACCUCAAUAUAACGUCGUGUGUUUUCAUCCUCGUCGCGUGAUUACUGACAUAAUUGGGAACAGAAAGGAGUUAUCCAUGUUCGAUCAAGCGACGAUCGUCGCCAGCGUUCCAUGUAGGUGGAAGUUGAACCCCUCGUACAUGCAUUCGUUCGGUAUCACCGACAAUUAUUUCAUUAUUGUGGAGCAGCCGUUGACAAUCUCCGUAACCAAGAGGCUAAUAACUCAAGUGACACACGAGCCAAUAAUUAAAUGUCUGAAAUGGCGCAAGAAUAAGAGCACGCUCAUUCACGUGAUAUCGAGAAGUACGGGCCGUAAGAUAAGAACUUUUGUCUCGGAAACGUUCUUUUUCUUUCAUAUGAUCAAUCAAUUCGAGACCCGUGACAAACAGUACGUCGUGCUGGAUGUGUGUUGUUAUCGGGACGCGAAGCUGAUAGAGUAUUUGUACAUCGAAUCGAUGAAGGAUGUAAGUAAAAUUCCCAACUACGAGAAACUGUUAUUUAGCAAACCGUUGCGCUUCGUAUUGCCGAUGAAGCGACCACGCACUGACACAACGCCCGAUUGCGAUCUCAUCACGAUCGAGACGGUGCAUCAGAGCCUGGCGGAGCAGCCGGACUCGAACGUUCACGAGCAGCGUGUCGAUCACAACACGAAUGAAGCGAAGCGCAAAACCGAUCUCAACGCCAAAGACGAAAACAUUCUGCUGAGGAAGUCGACCGCUUAUCGACUCCCAGAUGGCAACGUUUUCGUGAAGCCGGAGCUUCUCUGUAACUCGCUCUGCGAAUUACCGCGAAUCAACGGCUCUCACCUUGGCAAGGAAUAUCGCUACUUCUACGCGAUCUCCCAGGAUACGUCUACAAAUAAUUCUGCUAUAAUCAUCAAGGUCGACACUUUCCAAAAGACCGUCAAAUCGUGGCAGGAAAGAAACAUUUUCAUCGGCGAACCGAUCUUUGUGGCUGAUCCUGACGGGAAGAACGAGGACGACGGCGUCGUGUUGAGCUUGCUUCUCUGGCUAGAGAAUUACGAUAAUCGAGUCGGUUUGUUGGUUUUGGAUGCCGCGACAUUCACGGAAAUCGCAAGGGUCACCUUCGACACACCAGGACCGACACCUAGGUGUCUGCACGGUUGGUUCACUCUGGACAAGUAGUCAAGUGCAAGUUGAUCUGUGUACAAAAUACGAUAUUUGUAUGCAGAUUGAAUUAAAGUGCUGAAGUAGCGUUUAA